AUGACGAAACGCGCACUUGUGACGUACGCGGUCGAUGUUGACGCUUGCGCCAACUGGAUCAACACUCGUGACGGCUCAUCCAUCGGCGCCACCGACGUGUCAAGGGGUAUCUUCGGAGCCAAUACUGGCACUGAUCGGAUGCUUAAACUGUUUGAGGACAACGGUAUUAAGGCCUCAUGGUACAUGCCAAGCCAUACAAUUCUCUCCUUUCCGGAGCAGAUGGCCAAGGUCCGGGAUGCCGGACAUGAGAUAGGUUUACACGGCUAUACGCAUGAAUUCGUCCGUUUCCUCACUGAGGAGCAAGAGCGAAAGGUCAUGGCUAAAUCUAUCGAGGUGUACCAAAAGUUUACAGGCAAAUAUCCAAAGGGAUGGGUUGCCCCAGCCUGGGAAGUUGGCCCGAAGACCAUGUCCAUCUUGGAAGAUUUUGGAAUCGAAUACGACCACUCAAUGCUGCACCACGAUUGCCAGCCGUACUAUGUGGCAGAUGUCCCCGCGGAUUCAAAUGUGCAUACAGACUACUCCAAGGACCCCGAUACCUGGAUGAAGCCUAUGACGGAGCACAAGCCGACCAAGGUGGUUGAGAUCCCAGGAUCGUGGAAUGUGGAUGAUUGGCCUCCUAUGAACUACACUAGGCGCCCCGGAACGCACGGCUUUGUCAACCCACGAGACGUCGAAGUGCAAUGGCGGGAUCAGUUUGACUUCUUCUACCGGGAGUAUGAUACGUUCGUGUUCUGCAUCAGCUGCCAUCCCCAGGUUAGCGGAAAAUCGAACGUCAUGCUGAUGCAUGAGCGCUUGAUUGAGUAUCUGAAAUCGAAAGAGGGCGUGGAAUUCGUCACGAUGGCUCAGGUGUGCGACGAAUUCAAGGCAGGAACGUUGCAAGGAGUAACCAUCAAGGCAGGAGUUUCUAGCUAG